UACAUCCUUUCAAAUGACGCGAAAAACGUCUUUUGCGAAUUUGGCGCUAAAAUCUCGCGCGUCGUCAAAAUAUGUUUUACGUCACAUCCGUUGUAUUGGAGUUACAUCAGUAGAUAGACGUCGUUGGUCCAGGAGGGCACCAUGUAUCGCAGUGUAACAGAGUUUGACAUUGUCCGAGUGGCACCGCACGUGGAUCUCGUGCUCUUCGACAAUGUUAUUAGCUGUUACCCUUGCGACAAAGAUAUCACAGCCAAUUAUAGUCUUGGGCAAGAUGUAACGCCCUCAUCUUGGGAUUGGAUUGGGAUAUUUCGGAUGGACUGGCGCUACUUAGGUGAAUACAUGUCGUAUCGCUGGGCCCAAGCUCGUGGUCUAGACUGUACUGCACCAAGACGACGAGCAGUAGUCUUCCCAAAGAGCCUUCAUCAAAUCCCUGCCAAUGAUAAAGACCUCUAUCAGUUUCUGUACGUCUCACAUGGCAAUCACGUGGUUGGUGUGAGUGCGCCUUUCAAAAUCACAGAUGUAGAAGAACUGUCAGAUUUCUAUAUUGCUGCACUUUACAAAGAACCAUCUUCCGCACCGGAGAAACAACGCGCUAGAAAAGCAUGCGUUCCUCCAGUAUACGACACUUUCGAGAUCAUAAAUGACCUACCAUGCCCAUCACCACCAAAAAGACGUGCAAAGACAAAAGAAAAGGUCAUCGCAGUCUACCAUGACGUCAGCACACUCGCCAACAAAGGAAACUUUGAUUGGUUGCAGAAGUUCAAAUUUAUCGGUACCCAUCCAGUAGUACAGGAGUAUAACCAGUCAAGCAACCUUCCGCACAAUGAUACAAAACAACUCAAAGUUUUCGACAUAAAAUGGGCCAGGCGGCAGACACCUUCAGCUUCCUGUUCCGACAAACUUCCGAUCGCGAUAGAAUACCCAGUGUUUCAAAUGCUCAAAACUGGUCCAGAGGCAUUCCUGCUCUCCUUGCAAGGAACCGGAAACGAUUGUUCGAGUUGCCAGGUCGCAAAAACGCUUGUGCAAGACCUUGUUGAAAGAGACUUUUUGCAAGAAGAGAGAAUGCGUUACAUGAAACUGAAAAUGAAUGCAAUGUUGGAACUAAAAUCAAAACUUGAGGAGAACGACAGAGUUAGAUGUGUUGGUUUACUGGACUUGGCGCUCAGUCAAGUUCAAGAUGAUAACAAGUCUCUACGAAAACGUGUAGAAAACCUAGAGGGACUGCUGUUCGAGGCUCGAUCCCGGCUCAGGGAAAGAUCACAAACCGGAAGUAUUGUGACGAAAGUAUCAGACGACAGAUACGGAACUUGGAUUGUCAAAGAUCCAAAACGCAUAGCACGCAUAAAGAAAAUUGUAGGCAGACAGAGUAGGACGAUACAUUUGUUACAUAUGUGUAACGAAACCAAACAGGUACAGAUCAGUGGGCUACAGGAAGAGAACAAACGAUUGAGAAAACUUGUCCAGAAUGCCUUUAACACCAGUGACAAAUUCCGGGAACUUUCAGAGGAGUUGAAUCGCCGAAUCAAGAGCGUACUGGCAGAAAGAGCCAAAGAUCACACUAACGAAUGGAGGCAGUUUCUCCGUAACGUACAUGAAACAACAACACAGACGCCGACUGAGCAGAAAGAGGACAGAGGGACAUCACCAGAGAAUGUAAGCCCCAGUAGCACUAGCUGUAGCAAGGCAGGAAGUAGUAGUGAGCUUCGAACACCAGAGAGACAUCAACUGAGAAACAAGCAGAUAUCUAAGGUCCUCCGUACCGAGAAGCAGCAACGAUCAAAACUACACAAAGAACGAUAUCAAGCAGAGCAGUGCCCUACUUGUGGUCUCAAGUUUUCUAAAAAGACUGACCGUCGGGUCAUCGAGGAGCACAUUGUCUUUCAUGACAAAAUGAAAUGUUAAACGAUGCUCUGAUUACCUUUCCAAUCUCAUUAAUGGCCCCUACCCUCGCAAAUGUGACAAAAUGGACAAAAACUUUAGACACUACUGGCCGUAAGCGGAAACCAUUGUUUUUCGUCUUGAAAUCGUUUAAUAACAGUAGCUCACUAUUUUGACAGUUUUAUAUUUUAGUUCCUUUUUUUCUUUUGGAAAAGUAUACGGACACAUUGAACCAGCUUGUUUCUACUUUCUUCUUGUAAGAAACCAUUUACAAAUUCACUUUUUGUUACCUUUCUUUCAUUUCUGAAUGCUUUCUUUCCUUUCUGCAAUUUUAAAACUUAUCCGAAACAAGUUCUACAUUCCUUCAGAUUUUUGUAUAAUAUUCAGAAAGAUUCACAUUAUCACUCUGUAUGUAUCAACCCCACCAAUAAAAUUCUUUAAAAUAUA